UUGACAAUGGAUAUAUCAGUGGAGAUGAGGAAAGGACCAUGGAGUUCGGAUGAAGACUCUAAACUCAUCCAUUACAUCUCCCUACUUGGACAGGGACGCUGGGAUUCUCUCGCUCACUUUGCCGGGUUGAAGCGUACAGGUAAGAGCUGCAGGUCAAGAUGGUUGAAUUAUUUGCGGCCUAAUUUACAACGAGGAAAACUUACUCCUCAAGAGCAGCUUCUUAUUUUACUGCUUCAUUUUCGCUUUGGAAAUCAAUGGACAAAGAUUGCAGAGAACUUGCCAGGAAGAAGUGAUAACGAUGUUAAAAAUUACUGGAGAACCAAAGUACAAAAGCAUGCAAAAGAGCUGCAUUGCGACGUCAAUAGCCAGCAAUUUCGAGACUUCCUUCUAUAUCAAUGGCUGCCCUCUCUGGCUGAACAAAUACGCGCCCCAUCAUCGUCUUCUUCUUCUUCUACUUCUCACAUGAGUAACGCUGAAAUCAUGAUGCAUAAUACUCCUAAUUUUGUUCAAACUGGGAUUAAUGGAUCCACUAACAUGACAUGUCCAAACGUUGUCGCAUCGGCGGAUUCCUUCGAAGCUGAAGUUACAGUACCGCUGAUAGAUGAUAGUAAUAUUUGGAACAGCUUGUCUAGCUUUGAAGAUGGUUUUUCUGAUUUCUCAAGCCCAGAUAUGGCGGUUUAUGAGGAUCAGUACUGUAACAAUUGGACAAGUGCAACCUCAGAAAUAUUUCCAGAUGAAACGCUAUGUUUGGAUGCUAUGGACCUUUGGCGCUUUCCUUAA